AUGCAGCCUGCCAUCAAUUUGUUGGUAGUUGGAGAGUGCGGUGACGGCAAGAGUACAUUGAUCGAUGCCCUGCGGGAUAAAUCCAGAUCCUCGCAACCGCUGUGUGGCAAGAGCCCUCAUGGUGUCACCAAGAACGUGAUGGUCUACCCAUGCAGCGUAUGCGGAGAGCCUGCAUUCAGCCUGGUGGACACGCCAGGGGUUGGGGACCAUGGUGUUACCACUGCUGAUUUGGUGAACCAAAUUGAGCAUGCCCUGCUGCAUCAAGACCUAAGCGGCGGCAUCCGAGGUGUCCUUGUCACUACACCCGUGCCAGAUGGGCGCAUCAGACUGGGGGCGCAGGUUGUCCGAACCAUCGUGGACAAAGGUUUCCUGGCGGUGAAUGGCCACGACAAGUUUGCGAACGUCAUCCUGGUCGGUACGAAAACAGACAAGGCAGACGAAGAAGAGAAGAAGAACUUCAUGCAUGGUUUGGAUGGUCAGCCUUCCGUGCAAGAAGUCUUCUUUCAAAAUUGCACGAUCCCAAACCCCUUGUGUGUCAUGGUAAGCCGAGAGGAUUACAGCCCACUAUUCGCAGCAAUUCGGCAGCUGCCGGCCCUGGCCAUCCAGUAUCGGCAGCCCCCACAGGAGGUCUUGUCGCAAGCAUUAGCUGAGACACUCGGCACGGGGAUCCAGCAGAUGCAGGAUGUAGUUGAGUCGCAGCGGGUGGAAAUGGAGAAGAUGCGCCAGGAGGCGCUCCAGGAGAAAGAGCGACAAGCGCAGGAGGCCAAGAUAAGCCAAGAAAGGAUGAGGCAGUUGGAGACUCAGGCCGCAGAGCGCCGGAAGCUCGAGCGCGAAGAGCAGCAGCGGCAUGACCAAGAGAUGCAGGAGGCACGAGAAGUGGCAGCUUGUCGGCAAGUUCUCCACCGACAGGAAUGCCAAUCUCCUCGAAAUCUUCACCUUGCUCAAUGUGACGGGUGCAUGCAGUUUCCAAUUUGCGGCCCUCGCUUCAAGUGCACGCUGUGCCCGGACUAUGACUUGUGCUACUCCUGCUUCCGGAGCGAGUUGCAUGGGCACAUCAUGUUGAAGGUCCACAAAGGGAUCGCCUGUGACGGAUGUCUCGAACCACUGCUCGGAAGACGUUAUAUGUGCACGGUGUGCAUCGACUUUAGCAGCUCCUAUGACCUUUGCCAUGAGUGCUUCAGCGACAAUGGUCACCACCACAAGAUGCUUGAAGUCCAUCAGGGCAUGGUCUGCGACGGCUGUGGCCAGCGGCCCAUCCUCGGAGAGCGAUUCGAAUGCAUGCGGUGCUCCGAUUUUAGCCUCUGCCAAAGUUGUCAACGGCGAGGGGUACACUCACAUCAUGAGAUGCAUCUCGCCAUUGAACCUCUUGCGGUCUUGCCGUGCCGUAUUCAGUAG